AUGUUCAUGAUCAUUCAGAAGGAAUCUUCCGCCGGAGGAGGCGUUACAGAAGCGAUGAGCACGCCGCAGGAGAAAACAGCAAAACAGGUAAAAGCAGCGAUCAGUAAGAAGGUCCAGAAACAGCAGAAUAAGCAGAGGAGACGGUCCAGUGAGCAGAGUGGAAUCCCUGAGGUCUCAGCGGCUGGAGUCAAGCCCCCCCAUGGUAGGUGGUGCAGCCAGAACCCCACCCCCUUCCCCGUGUCAGCGAGGGACAAAGAGAGGGGUACAGGGGACGAAGAGGAGGAUCUGGAUGUGGAGGACAAGGUGGCAGAUAUGAUGAGGACGGGUGGUCAGAAGCAGCAAGAGAAGGAGCCGAUAGACCUGCUGCCUAUAAUGGACCCAGCUUUCGGACCGAACCAACGACUGUUGGGUUCACUAGUUCUGCAUGAUUCUGGUUCUAAGGGGGCCGUCGAGCCCCGGGGGGACAAGCAGGGAACAGGGGGCCAGGAGGGGCCACGGUCGGAGAGCGAGGAGGAAUCGGGCGAAGACAAGGAUUUUAAGGCGCCCCUGUCUGCACUGGUCCAGAACUGCACCGUGUUACACAGCAUCGUGGGCCCUGCCUGCAUCUUCCUCAAACAGGGCUUUGCAAGCAGCCAGAUCGACAGGGACCUACGACCCGAGGAGAUUGAAGAGCUCCGCGAGGCGUUUCUGGAGUUUGAUAAGAAGAAGAAUGGCUACAUCAGCUACAAGGACCUAGGAGAGUGCAUGAGGACCAUGGGCUACAUGCCCACAGAGAUGGAGCUCAUCGAGCUUGGCCAGUCCAUCUGUGGGGGAAAACUAGACUUUGAGGACUUUGUGGAGCUGAUGGGCCCAAAGAUGCUGGCAGAGACAGCAGAUAUGAUCGGAGUGAAAGAACUGCGAGACGCAUUCAAGGAGUUCGAUACUAACGGUGAUGGUCAGAUCAGUAUAAUGGAGCUUAGGGAGGCCAUGAAGAAACUGAUGGGAGAACAGCUGACAAACAGAGAGAUUGAUGAGAUCCUCCGGGAUGUGGACCUCAACGGGGAUGGACUGGUCAACUUUGAGGAGUUUGUUCGAAUGAUGUCACGCUGAGAUGAACAGACGGAGUCGUUGUGCAACAACUGGAAAAGGGACCACUGCCACUGCAUUUGUAGUGAACAUUCUUGCACCAUGCUGAAGAUCGAUUCAAAAACGUUAUUUUUGUUAAGCAGCACUUGUAACGUUCAUUUUGUUAAGCAGCACUUAUGACGUUAUUUUUGUUAAUUAAGCAGCACUUACAACGUUCAUUUUGUUAAGCAGCACUUACAGUAAAUUGAGUGAAAUCCUGAGGUCGUUCUACAAAUCUUAUAACUCAAGAUGUGACAAACGUGCAUGACGGUGACAGGGUUCAGAUAUUACGUCAUUGUUUCAGCACGAUCCACUCGGUAGUGGUUUGUGGGUAAAAUCACCGGGGAAGCCAAGCCAGGGGUGAAAAAACCAUAUUACAGCCUAUGUUUUGUGAUAAUUGCGUUGGUUGCUCAAUAACCUGUUAGUUAUAUGCCUUCCCAGCAUGAUAUAUGGCCAGAGACAAUAUAGGCCGAAGGCGGAGUCCACGAAGCAUAUUGCAUGUAACAAACAGUUACAUGACCUACACCAGGGUCAAACAAGUUAAUGUUUCCCACAUGCUCGGACCACUAAACAACUAUUGGUUUAGAACCACAGAGAGUUACUGCAAGUUGAAAAGAAAACAGGAGCUGCCUCCACUAUUUCACCACCAUUUCAGAUUCACCAAAUCACCUCCGCUUAGUUUAAUACAGUGACAACUAAAAGAUUUCUAAAAUAUUUCAAAAAACAAGAUUUCAAAAACAAGAAACGCCAAUGACAUCCUCCUCUCUAUCAUGUUGCCUAAACGCUCUAUGACUCUGUCAUACAGUACACGCUUUUAGUUUUUGUUGUCCUAGGCUACCUGGCUAAAAUUCUUGCUCGCUAGCCUAACUUCCGUUCAUAGGUAACUAGUUAACGUUGGCCUACUACAUCUAGCUACAUAUUGAACUUCCUAUCAGACCAGACGCACAAUGUAUGAAUUUAUGGUUGGAUCUGGAUCACUGUUAUAAUCAUUUUUUGGUACACCAGGACCAUUCACAGUUGAGCUCGUUUAUCUCAACGCUGAUUGGUUAUAAUUUCUUUUUAAAUAUGUAUCGAGGGAGGCCAAAUGCUUGCUGGCUUCCCUUGCGUUCAAUGCUACAGGCGGCAACAAUGUCAUACUCUUUUGGACCAGACAGCAUCAGCUGGGCUACACCUACUAAGAAAGAGGGGCGCUGUUUCACUCUCUCAGAUGCUUUCGUGAGAUCCAUUCAGCCUCUUCCGAAUUGAAGGAAAAUUCUGAAACACAGAGAGACAAAAGACGUAAAAUGUUUAUUGGUAAGUGUUUUGGGGAAACCUGGCUUCCCUUGGCAUCCAUGAGUGCACACCACUCUGUCAACUGAGUUUUUUAAACUACCGCGCUUGAUAUGGUUCAAUUAAUCAAUAAAUCAGCACAAAUUAUCGUUUUUUCAAAUGGCCGAUGUUUUGAUGCUAGGAUAGAGAUCAUGUAUAGUAUUGCUCUGCUCACAACAAACAUGACAGAGAGUAAUGUACAAUAUGGCAAAUGUAUCAAAAUGAGGAACGCGUGGUACUGUAAGUGCAUGGGGGCCGCCAUCUUUAUACACCUCCGCUAUAGGAAUGAACAUUGUUCUGUUGUGACAUAUCAAAAUCCUAACGCAUGGCUGUCAUUAUUAUGUCUUAUCUUUUAACAGUUAAUUUUUUUUAGAAGUGGACAUUUUUACUCUGUUUGUAUGUGUGUUCAAGGGUUUAAACCUUGUUUGUAAAAUGUGAUGGUUUUUUUUUUUCAAAUAAAAAAAUACUCUGUGUGGUUUA